AUGACUGAACUUACAUUCGCCAAGUCAUUCAUUCAGACUCUCGAGUCAAGACCUUUCAAAAUCACUGCCGACCAUGUUGAAGAUCCAAAAAAUUAUCCCUCAAGAGGGGCAACUAUCCUUCCAAAGAUGCGAAAACCUCCUGCGAAGCGUCAAAAGUUGGCUCCAGGACAAGAACGUAGUAUUCACGUAUUACUCAAAUCAUCACGAAAUCCUCCGCUGAAUGUGACGCUUUCCGCCCUCUCACCAAAUACUUCGAUUCUCAAUUUGAAAGAGUCAUUAUCUGAGAAAGAAGGGAUUCCUGUGGAAAAGCUGAGGAUACUUUACAACAAAAAGCCAAUCGGGGAUGCGAAAGUUCUGAAAGAUGUUAUUGGCGAAGAAGAAACCAAGGUCGAAUUCAGCAUCAUGGUAAUGGGUGGAGCUGCUUCUGUAAGGAAAAUUGAGACCCCGGAGAAGGGAGCUGAGGCACCUGUUGCACAAGGGCCUAGUGGAUUGGAAAGUCUUGCUGGGGAAGAGUUCUGGGGUGAUUUACAGGGCUUCCUGGUACAAAGAUUGAGGGACGAAGAGCAAGGAAACAGAGUGUUUGAAGUAUUCAAGAAAGCCUGGGAGGAUAGCAGUAAAUGA